AUGGAGACAGCGGGCUUGGUGAUCACGAACGUUGCUCUCACCAGCCUCCUAAUCGCCUGCUUGGAUGGGUGUAAUUACGUGUCGCUGGGCUCGCAGGGCGAGCGGGAGUUUGACAUGGCGUUCACGAAGCUCGUCCUAUUGAAGGGCUGGCUCGGGGCCGUGGGGGCGACGGUGCACGCGGCGUCGCAGGGCGGCGAGAACCACCUGCCGGCGCUGCGGGCGCAGUGGGACGCCCAGAAGGCGGUGGUCAGGUCGAGCCUGCGCAGCGUCCAGGGCCUGCUGCACGACUCGGCGAAGCUGCGCGACAGGUACGGGGUCGAGGUCGUCGGGGCCGGGGGAGCAGGCUCCUCGAUGCUCACGACGACGACGCAUCACGACGUGGAGAUGCAGGCCGUCGAGCCGGCGCCCGCCGAGAGCCGCCACAUCGUCAAGCCACGGGUAAUACGAGGGGCAGGGAAAGCAGCAGCAACACCGCGACCAUCGAGCUCGACUGCGUCGGGGUCGGGGUCGGGGUCGGGGUCGGGGUCGGGGUCGGGGUCGGGGUCGGGGUCGGCGACAGCAACGGCGACGGGGGGUGCGGAUGCGUGGUCUCUGCGCGACAAGCACAAGGUCAACGCGCAGAUCGCCGAGCUCGACGACUUCGUGGUGCAUCUGGAGGAGCUGCUGCAGAACCUGGGCAGCACCAGCGGGCCGCACCAGGUCGAGAUCAUCCAGCAGGCGAUGCAGUCGGUGCCGGAGCCCUCGAGCAUGCGGCUGUUGCUCGAAGCUUCGGGCGGGUCGGGGUCGCAAAGGUCGGGGCCCCGGGCCAGGGGCUUCCCCGCUGCCGGGGCCUCCACCGCCGCGGGCGCUGCCGAGGCGCCGAAACAGCUAGCCAGCCGACAGUACAUCCGCAACCUGAUCAGUGACCAGGCCCACGCCAUCCUCGGCGACAUCGGCAACGUCGUCGACAUCGGCGGCACCAACGGCGACUACAGAGACAACGAAAUAAGCGGCUCGACCAUGGUCGUCCUGGGCAACGUCGACGGCACCUUUGCCACGAGUUUCUUUGGCAAGCACCGGAGGACCGAGUAG